UUUAAAAAUGUUAUUGUUUAUCAUAAUAUAAUAUUACUUUCAUGCGUCUCCUUCUAUGGCUCGGUCGUACGUAGUUGUUGUAUUUUCGGACUGUUUUCUUAUUGUAGGUACCUGAUCUUUAUCAAGUUUCUGGAAACGUGUUGUUUUAACAUUGGAUGUUUUGAGAGUCUUUCACAAGUUAUUUACGACUAUUUUUAACUGUACCUACUAUGUCAAUUUAACUUGAGUGUUACUAGUUACUAACUUAUGGUUUUUCUUUUUCAGUGAACAAUUGAAGUGUACAAAUCGAAAUGAAUCAAACUAAUUGUUUGAUUUGUGGAAAAAAAAGGGGUGCUGCAGAUAAAGAAACCGAUUGGGCUCAACAUAUUGUAUUAUGCAAAAACAAAAGAAAAAAGUUGAAUAAUUCAAAUACAUCAAAUAUUAAAAAGUGUCUUUUAACUGCAGCGAUAGAAACUAAAAAUACCUCAGGUAUUUAUAAUUAAUAUCUACUAUAAAUAAAAAUUCGAAAAUGAAUUUAUGAAUGCACCUUUUUGUAGCCAAAAAAGGCCAAGAAAAAAUAACUGACCAGAAUUUAAAAGAUUGUUUAAAUGCCACACCAGACACAGGUAAAAUAGAUACAGGUUUUUUUUUAUUUCAUACUAAUUGUUUUAUAUUUAUAUAAUUUUUUUUUAAAUCCAAUUUCUAAUAAUAAGUAGGUAAUAACUUUAUUUUUAUUUUUAUUUAUUCAGGUUUAAAAAGAGAUACAAUAAGUAAAGAUGAAUUGUAAUUUGAAAUACAUACUAUUUUAGAUAAAUAUUAUUAACUAAUUAAAUCAUGUAUGUUUGGCAUAAAUGCAGUUUAGCAUUCAUUGCUUUUUUUUUUUUUUUACAAAUUUGAAGUUAUUGAACUGAAUUCAAUUAUGUUUGGAAAAAUUGUAGCUCUUGUUUAUGUUUAAAGUUUUAUAAAGGAAAAAGUUUAAAACAAACUGAACGAACACAGCAAAUCAGUGAUCCCGCUGGGUCUCAAAGGGCACCUAAAAUAUAUUUGUCUUUUCCCUAUUACCUACCUAUCGUGAUUUUGUAUAAUAAAUUUAGGGAUUUUUUCAAUUAAAACAGUCCGAGCAAUAGUGACACCACCUGGUUUUUAUGUGCACCAAAAAUGUAUUUGUCUUCAAAUCACUCACUACCUAGUAACUUCUAAAAUAAUCAUAGGGUAAAUCACUGAUUAAUACUGUGUAUACCAAAUUCCAAAUAGCUAAGAUUUCCUGUAAGAUAUCCAAAGAUUUCUAUAAUUACUAAACAUUUGUUUACUAAUUUUCGUUAGUGAUUAGCCUUAAUCUUUUAACCGUUAACCUUCUAAAACAUAGUUACCAAAAAAUACUGAUUGCACCAUCAGCGCUAGCGUUAAAAUAACAAAUCUUAAGAAAAAGAAAAUGAUUUUUGAAGUUUUUUUGACAUAACUUUUACAAUAAUAAAGCCACAAUUAUUCCAAAUACUUGAAUUCAUUGUAUUAACACAGUUUGAAAAAAAAAAAAAAAAAAAAAAAAAAAAUAGAAAAAAGAGCAAUGAUUUUAAACUGCAUUAGUUCCAAAUGAUAAUAUUUCAUAUUUUUAAUUCAUGUUUAUUAAUUUGUAUUUUAGCCCAAAAAAUAACAAUUGACCAUAACUUGGAAGCCACGACUUCUGAUUUCACAUCAGAUAAAGGUAUUUGUUUUUUUUUUUUUUGUAAUACAAUUUAUAUAUAAAUGCAAUUUUCAUAAAUAAAUAAUUUUAAAAGUUCUAUUAUUAUAGAACUCAUUAGUUUUGACAUGUAAGUUUGACUCUAUAAAUUUCAUAUUUUAUUUUAUUAUUUAUUCAAAAUAAAAACUUUAAAUUUUUCUUCACAUUUUUCUUUAUAUAUCAAGAUAGCUUUUUUAUAAAUUCAUUUUUAAAAAAAUUGUUGAUGUUUUAAACUAUCAAUUAGGUUACUUCAUUAUAAUUUUUAAAAAACGUUUAAAGUUUGUUAAAAUUCAAAUUACCCUAAUGUGUAUGACUGACAACCAAAUUCUAUGACUGAUAAAAUUCAAACAUAUUUAAAUUUGACUGUCAAUUACGUUGAUUGUCAUUCUUGAUUGACCACAAAUGAAAAUUAUCAACCAUCAGUCAAUGAUCAGUUUUGACCGUCAAUUAUAUUAAUUGUCAUUCAAGACUGACCGUGUUGUAUGGGGGGAUCAGUUUUAGAUUUUACAUUUAUUACAGUUAAUAUUUUGCAGUGGCCACAAUGAUAAAUGAUAAGCGUUUAUCAGACUUGCAGCUUACAUUAGUAUGAUAAUAUUAUAAAAUUGUACGAUAUUUCAUCUAAAUAUUAAAUUAACUUUUGGAACAUUUAAACACACAUAAAAUGUCAGAUUUUACAAAAUUUAAAAUGUUUUAAAAAUAGUUGAUCUAACUUUAGAAAAAGUUUUAGACACCAACAUUUUUGUAUGCAUUGUAUUUCCAAAAUGGCUAUCUUAAUUUUUUUUAAAAGUUUCCCUUAAACAAUUUUGUAUCUUUUAUUUCAAAUUCUUAAAUAUUACUAUUUAAUUAAACCAAUAUUUAAAUUAUAGUGUCAGGGUUAAUAAUAAUUAAACAAUUUGACUGUCACAUAUAUUUUUAAAAACUUCAAUUGCCUGUUAUGAUAUUUGAUUUGGGAUCUCACCAAAACUUCACUUGCUUGCCACAAGAUUCCAAUUGGAAUCUCAGAUGAUAUUUUUUUUAAAAAAUGAGAUCUUUUUAAGAAACUCAUUUAUUAAGAUUUUUGUGGAAUAGUUAAAUUAUACAGUGUAACCACUACACUACACUACUUUAGUAUCUAAACAGGUAUUUUUUUGAAAGAGUUAUGUUGUUUUUAAAUGUAUAUUUUAAUACAAUACAAAAAACAUAACUGAUAAAUGAUAACACAUUCUUUGAUUUUAAUCCAUGUUCAAUACAAUGAAUAUCUAGCCAAAUUAAAAAAACAUACUCUAAAAACUCAUAGCAGGGAAGAGAAUGUGAGAUCUUAAAUCAGGUUUCAUGGCAGCUAAGCUGUUAAAAAAAAAAACUUAAAAAUAUUAAUAAAAAAAUAAAAAAAUAGAUUAAAAAAAAUGUUAUUAUAUUUGUUAAAUAGUCCUGUUAUCCGUUGUAUAUUGUUCAGUGUGUUGUGCUGUGUACCACAAAAAAUAAUAUAGCUACAAGGCUGUAGUUACAUAUAUGCACAUAUAUGUAGCUUUGUAUAUAUUUAAAAAGUAAAUUAUAAUUAUGAAUAUUAAAUAACAUAGGUCUGCAAAAAAUUGUUUUCAAGCUGCAUUAUAUAUAAUUUAAAGGUCACAGAUUCUAAAAAUGAUUCACAAAAUCCCAACAUGUAUAGAUUUUUGGUAAAAUAAAAAUACAUUUUUGAUAAAAAUAUUUUUUACAAUGAAAAAUACAUAUUAUAUAUUCUUACAAUUAAUAAAAAAAAUUGUUUCUGAUAUUUACACACAAUUAUUUUAAGUACUCUUUUUUUUUUUUUUUUUUUCUAAUGAAUUUUAGAUUCUGAGUAAAACUUUUUCCGAUUUUCAAAGGUUGCACUAUUUUUGAAAAAAAAUUUUAUCUGGGUGGUAUUUUAGGGAGGUCAUUUUUUAUUUUACAAGCAGUUUUCAUAAUAAUUAGAAAACAAUUGUAAAAUGUACGAAUUGUAUUAUUUUUAAAUAAUUUUUUGUUUUUUGUUGUGAUUCAGUUAAAAAUAUUUGUAGACUUUAAAUUUAGACAAAAAACUUAUAUUUGCUUUUUCUGGAUAUGAUGAAAUUUUCAAAACAUUUUAGCCAUUUUUAAGUCAUUUUUGAAUUAUAUUUUUAGACAUUUUAAUGUUAAGAGUUUUUUUUACCUAAUUUUGAUUUGAUAGGUACUCAGUGGAUAAAUCGGUUAUGCUUUAUUUUAAAAUCAUAGUUAAUUUUAUACCCCUAUUUCAUAUACCAUUAAUAAGUUUAUACUUUAGUUUUUCAAAUAAGAACUCCCCUUUUGAACAUAGAUUUGUAUAAAAAAUAUUUGUUUAGAAAUUUUGGUAUGAAUAACACUAAUAUUGAAUUCACCGUUUAUGACUUAUAACUGUUUAAAGUUUUUACCAGAAGAGUAGGGAUGAGUUGUCAGUUUAUUAUUUAAAAAUAGAUAUGCAAUUUAUUACCCUUCCCUAUUCCUACUGUCUAAAAUUGAAACUGUUUUAUUUAUCUGAUAUUAGUGUUAUGUACAUCAAAAUUUCUAGAAAAUUGAAUUUGUAUUUUAAAGGAGGGUUCCUAUUUGAAAAAACAAAAGUAUAUACUUAUUGAAGGUACAUGAAAUUGAACAUAGAACAAAAAAUUAAUUAUAGUUUUAAAAUACAGUUUAACCGAUUCCACAGUGAUUAAAAAAAUUAAAUAAACAAUAUUACUUAUAAUCCUCUGAGAAACUGGUUCAUGAUAAAAAAAAAUAAUCACCCUAUAUUUUAAAAUGCAUUAUUUAUUAUAGAUAAUUUAAACAAUGACAUUCUUGAUCGGACAUGGGGGGGUCAGAGAUCAUUGUAUAUGUAUAACUGUAUUGUUGAAGAAAUACCUGAUUUAUCAGGAAAUGACGACUCAGACCAAGCGGAAAGUGUUUUAAGUGUGCAAUCAAAAUCCACAGGUAUAAAAUAUAUUUAAUAUGCUUUUUUAUGUUAGUAUUUUUAAAUGUGGUAUAAUUUAAAAAAUAUGGCUUUAAAUUAUUUAUAACUGUUAUUUUAUUUUUUUAUGCUAUACAUAUAUUUUUAUAAAAGUACUUAGGGUAUUAAGUUUUUUUGUUUUAUUUACAUUUUUCAUUUAUCUAGCAAUAUAUCGUUAAAGGUUCAAUUUUAUUUUAGAAUUUAUUGUUUACUAUUCAUUUAAUGAUAAUUUUAAUUUUAUUUACCUUCUAUGACAUACAUACAUUUAUAGUAUCAGUUUAUAUUUAUAUACUAGACAAAUGAUGCAGUUUAAUUCUAUUUUUUUUUUCAGUUUCAUCAAUAUCAUUUAUUUCCAUGCAAUAUGUUAGGUUUUUGAAUAUUUUAAAACUAUGAGCUGCAGUAAUUAUGUAACUUGCUAGUAAAAGUUCAUUUAUGAGAAAAAGAGUAAAUUCGUAUUAUAUUUUCUAUUUUGAUUCUAGCAUAAAUUGAAAAUCUGAAACAAUUUAAUUUAAAUAUAUUUUAUUUGACUAGUCAAUUAUGUACUAAGCCUAUCUUUUAUUAUUAAUUGAAGUUUUUUUAUUUUUAUAAGUUUUAAUUUUAAUUAAUUUUUUAGUUGAGCUCAUGAGUGAUCUGUCAUCAGAACAAAGUAGCUGUAGAAGUGGCUGUAUGGCGUGUAGAGAUUCUAAUCAUACAGAAUAUGAAGUAGCUAGCAGCUCAUCACCAUCAUCGGAUAAUUUUAUGUCUGAUUUUAUUUCUUAUUCUUCUUCAGUUGAAGACUAUAAGGUGAAAAUUGAAUAUAGAUAAUGUUUAUUUUUAAAAUGUGUUAAAUAUAAUGUGAUCUCUUAAUUAUUAGAUAUGCAGAUAAAAUACAUUUUUAAUCCUAAUAGUCUAUAUUUAUAAUAUGGUUAUAAUAUAAUUGCUACCAAUUCUAGUAUUAAGAAAAGUAUGGAAUUUUCAUACAUUUCGUAUAACAAGUUAUACAUGUUGUCAUUAUUUUCAAUUCAUUAAUAAUAUAUAUUUAUUAUUAUUUAUUUUAUUUAUGAAAAAAGGAUAUUUAGUUCAAAAGAAUUGUAACCAAAAAAACAAUAUUUGAAUAAAUAAUAAUUCUUUACUUUGGUCAUCCAUUCUGGAAAAAACAUAGAUAAGUAUAGCAAAAUAUAUAAUGAAAUAUGGUUUUAUUCACAUACACUUAAACCUUUACUUAAUUAUAGGUGUCAUAGGUUCACCAGUUUUACCUUAAUAUCUAAUGGGAAAUACAAUUAAAACCUCAUUGAGAAAACCUAUCUUAUACAUAUUAAUAAUAUUUAUAAUUUAUUUUAAAAUAUCCUUGUUUAAAUUUUGUGUUUAAAAAUACGGACAUACUUCACACAAUAGGUAGGACACCGUUGUAGGUGAGAAGUGGGAAGGUAGGAUAUAAAAGGGAAUUUAAUGUAUAUCCAUAUGCAACAAUUAAUUUAUUGUUAAUGAAAUACAAUUCUGAGCGAAGUUUAGUUACACAUAAGAUUUUCAUCAAACUCUAAUAUUAAAAUUCUUGCAUAAAAAAAAUUCUCAAUUACACUCAAUUUUAUUUAUUUUUUUUGUUUACUACAUUUAGAGCAAAUAUGAGUUUUCUGUCAAAAUUCUAAGUCUCUACUAAUAUUUUUAACUAAAUCAAAACAAAAACCAAAAUUGAAUAUGAUUAAUUUUAUAAACUUUACAAUUUACGUGUUUUAUAUAUAUUUUUUUCUUAAUUAUUAUGAAAACAGCUUAGAAAAUCAAAAUAUUACAUGUUUAGAGUACUAUCCAGGUAAAAUUUCUUUUUAAAAAAAAUACUACACUUGAAAAUUGAAGCAAAUCCAUAUUUGGAUUAAAAAAUGGUUUAUAGAUAAUAAUAAAAAAGUAAAUAAAUACCAUUGUAAAACUAAUACAUUACACACUUCGUUCAGAAUCUAAAAUUAUUUGAAUUUUCUUUACGGAUUAUUUCUAAUUUUGUAGUACUUUUUUUAUUAUCAACUUAUGUAAAUGAAAUGUUAUUUUUUUAAUUAAUGAACAGACAAAACUUAGAGAAUAUUUUAUAAACCAAUUAAGUGAUCAUAUUUUAAAAUAAUUAUGUAUUAAUUUGAAAAUUUAAACAAAUUUAGGUGUCGAAAAAAAUUGAUAAUGAACUGGCUGAUAGUAGUGAUAGAUACUUCCCUGAGGAUACAGAUGGUAUUCCAGAAACUAGUCUUGAUUUAUUACCACCAUUUUGCUUCAAAAAUUGUCUGCAGUGCAGAAAAGAAAAUGACAAUCCGUAUUUCCAGUUUUGCUUUUCAUGCUAUAAAGUUAGUAAUCAUAUUUUUUUUAUUUAGAUAUCUAGUUAAUAUCUUUAUAAUUUGAAUCAUCAUAAUUAUUAUAAGACAGACAGAGAAAAAAAAUACAGAUACCAACUAUAACUUCCAUACCAUGAAUUAUUAUAAUUUAUAAUAUUCUAAAAAACAAAUAAUUAUAGUAAAAUACAUUUAACCUAAAAUUGUGUAACAUUUUAAAUUGUACUACAAUAAAUUCAUCAAUAACACUUCUGGUAUUAAAGACAUUGAUUAAAUGGUAUUGUUGUCUAGUAAAAUUAAAUUGAUUUGCUUAUGUUGAAUAUAAAUGCUUCUUAUUAAAUUAUUUUGUUUGUAUUUAAAACCUAAUUUCUACCAAAAUGUCACAAUUUAUAGUUUUAAGUAACAUAAGUUUAUCCAUAAGGAGGUUGCCUGUUAGUUAGUUUGUAACAGUAAAUGUAAAUGUACAAUAUUUUAAAGAUGUAAAUAUAAAUAAUAUAUAUAUAAUCUCUCAGGAAAACAUAUUUGGCCACUAUCUUGAAUAUUUUUUUUUCUCAGUUUGAUUAAAUACAUUAAAUAAUAUUUUAGUAAAGAAAAUAUAAUACUUUUAAGUUGUACAGAAAGCCUAGACUAUAGCCCUCUUUGUAUUUUUAUAGAUUAAAUGAUAUUAUUAAAUAAUACUAUUUGACAUUUUUAGAAAAGAAGACAAUUUUUCCCAGAGCGGAAAAACAAAAAACUGUCCAACGGGUCUAAUGAUAAAAAAAAAUUAAAAGAUUCAGAUACUCAAAAAGAAGCCUCAAAAAGACUUGAAAAUACUCAAAAAGAAGCCUCAAAAAGACUCGAAAAUACUAAAAAAGAUGUUAAUGAUAGUGUGAAAAAAAUAAAAAACAUAAAAAACAUUUGUAACAUAUGUUUGGGUGCACCAAAAAAUGGAGUAAUAAAUCACAAAAAAAUAGGCCACAUAUUUAGUUGUUACCCAUGUGCAAAACAAAUUUGGCGUACAUCAAAAAAAUGUCCCAUUUGCAAUCAAAAAAUUCAAUAUGUUACUAAAAUGAUUACAGUUUAGAACCGAAAGUGUAAUCAUGUUAGUACAAUGCUUUCACACAUUAUCCUAAAAUCUAUUUCAAAUUUAUUUUGCGCAUCAAUACUGACUAAAAAUAU